AUGGUGGUUACUAGGUCUGCGCGGCCUCGGGCCGGGAACCAAGCCACGUCAGUUGAAAGCUCGCGGAAGAAGAAUUCUGCUGUCACAAGACUUCAACUGCACCCAAAAGUCAGGAAGGGGUCUUCACCUGAUAACCCAAAUACUGCUGAAUCACAGACCACUCCAGAACAAAGUCCAGCUCCUAAAACCAAGAAGAGUGGAACUACAGGCUCAUUACCAGAAAUGAACAAACCUUCGACAGAUGGCGAGAUCUCUGAAGCAGAGUCAAAUUGUUCUUCUGUGUCUGAGGUCCAGCAUCCUAUUUUCAGAGUAACUAGGAGAAGACAGAUCUUAGUUGCAGGCACCCCAGUUUCUAGUGUAAGGAAAAGGCUGAAAAUAACUCGGGUAAGUGAGUCUCAUACUGAAGAAGUCUCUGAAGCAGAAUCACAUGUUUCAGGUAUUUCUAGAAUUAUACCUGGCACAGAAAUGACAACCAGAAGUAAGGCUAAAUCCCAAAGAGAGCCAAAGCAAGAAUGCCAUGUGGAAGUUAUUUCUGACGCUGAGUCAUCAUGCUCAGAUGUCUCUUCAUUUUGUGGAAUUGCAACUAGGAGAACAACAAGGAGUAUGCAAAGGAAAUUACAGGCACAAACUGAGGAGAAUGAUACUAAGAUUGUACUAGAAAAUGAGAAGGAAAUCACACAUACACCUGUGAAUUUAGAGGAUUCAAUUAGCAGACAGACUUCUCGUUUACUAGCAAGAUCACUUUCUCAGAUAAAUAAGCCAGAUUUCUCUCAUAAUGAAAUUUAUAAUGACCCUGAUGAUGAUUCCUUCUUUGGAAUUUCAGAAAAAAAACUAGCAGUGAAAAAAACCCGAAAUUUUACCAUAAGAGAGGAAAAGCAGGACAGUAUUUCACCUCUCAAAGAAAUAUCAAAGCAGAAUUGUAGAAGUUUAGAUGAAGAAGCCAAAAAAAUAAUAGUUGGGGGAAAAGAAGGUAAUGAGAAGAACUCUCAGUUGAAGAAUCUUUCUGAACUUCAGGACACUGGCCUUCGGCAGUUAGUUUCUCAAAGGCAUUCAACCCCUGAAAGUAACAAAACCACAUCAGAGUCUACAACUCUGAACUGUGAGGCUGUGAUGAAAUCGUUAGCUCAAACAUAUGCCGUUGUGGAAAUGGAGAGAUGGAAUGAAGAGAGAAAGAAUGCCAUAGAAACAAGUGACAGUUCAGAACCUGGUGAUGGUAGUGAUAGUGAUGAAGAAGAGUGCACAGUUAUAGGUGUCAGUGAAGACAUGAGCGAAGAAAAGGAGGUAGAUUCUGAGAGUGUUACCAAACCAGGUAAACUUGAGUUCAACACAACUCAGGAUAAAGAUGAUUCUGUUUUGUUAGUUCUCAGCAGUGAUGAAAGCCAGCAGUCUGAACACAGUGAGAAUGAAGAGGACACUGUGUGUUUUGUUGAAAAUAAGGGUAAUAAAGAGUCCCUAAAUGGAGACUCAGAAAGUCUGUCACGUGACAAUGCAUUGUUUGUGAUUGACACUACUCCCGGAUUGAGUGCUGAUAAAAAUUUUUACUUGGAUGAAGAAGACAAGGCGAGUGAGGUCGCCAUUGAGGAGGAGGAGGAGGAAGAAGAGGAAGAAAGUGAAGAAGAGGAAGAAAGUGAAGAAGAACUGUCAGACCGUGACAGAAAUAAAGAUAAUGAGUUUAGUGAUGAAGACAACUUGCUAAGUAACACAAAAUCUAAACUUCUGAAGUUGACGAGCAGCAGCAUAGAUACUGGACUGAAUAUUAAGGAGCUGGGUGGUUUGUAUAUUAAUUUCAAUGCAGACAAGCUACAGUUGAACAAGAGAACCCUGACACAGAUAAAAGAGAAAAGGAAAGAUGAGCUUCUGCAGAAAACUGUCAUUACUCCUGAAUUUGAAAAAAACUACUGUGUCCCACCAUAUAGUGAAUCAAAAUAUAAACUUCAGAAAAAACGCCGACAAGAGCGACAAAAAACAGCAGGUGAUGGAUGGUUUGGUAUGAAAGCGCCAGAACUGACAGAUGAACUGAAAAAUGAUCUCAAAGCACUGAAGAUGAGAGCUAGCAUGGACCCAAAAAGGUUUUACAAGAAAAAUGAUAGAGAUGGCUUCCCUAAGUACUUCCAGAUUGGAACCAUUGUUGACAAUCCUGCUGACUUCUACCAUUCACGAGUUCCCAAGAAACAAAGGAAGAGAACUAUUGUGGAGGAACUGCUGGCUGAUUCUGAGUUCAGAAGAUACAACCGAAGGAAGUACUCAGAGAUAAUGGCUGAAAAGGCAGCAAAUGCAGCAGGAAAGAAGUUUCGAAAGAAGAAGAAGUUUCGUAAUUAA